AUGUUAAAACCGCAAUUGAGGGCGCCCGUGAGGCUCCUCGAAGGGGUCUUCGCCCAGUGCACAGCCCAACCCUCGAGUCGAUCGCAUCUUCAAGUCUCCAGAUCUCUAACAUCCUCUCUCCUACAAUCCAGACUACGACCGCAACCAUCAUCUAUUAUCUCGCAGCUCGGGCAGGUCCGAUACGCCUCUCACAACUCGCAAGGCUCGGGAGCGAACAAGCACGCAAAGAACUCUCCAGGACGAAGACUCGGUGCUAAAAAGACCGGCGGCCAGGCCGUGGUUACGGGGAAUAUCAUCUUCAGACAACGAGGCACGAAAUGGUUCCCUGGUGAAAAUGUUGGGAUGGGAAGAGACCAUACGAUCUUCGCUCUUGAGAAGGGAUACGUCCAGUACUACCGGGAUCCCGAGCGUCACCCAAAGAGAAAAUAUAUCGGCGUUGUUUUCAACAAGGACGAUAAGCUGCCCACUCCAAAGAAUGCUGUAACCCGAAGGCGGCUGUCAAUGGUUGCUGUUCCAAGAAGGACAGAAGAAGCUUCUGUGGAGGAACCUGCCGACUCAUCCAAACCUGUCAAGUUGACACUCGUUGCGUCCAACUCUACAGGCACAUACCGAUCCGGAUACAUGCACCGUGAGGCGAACUGGGAGAUUGGAAGAGCAGCAGAUAAAGCUGGAAUAACGGUCCAGGAGUGGAAGCGCAAGGACCGCUGGACCGCCUGGAGGCGCAAGCUAGAGAAGAUAAAGCGUGUUGCUCAGAUGAAAGAGCUGAAGAAAAAGAAGAAGAAGAUCAAGGUGAAGGUCUGA